AAAAAACAAAUAUCAAAUCAAGUGAUCAAAAUAAACAAUUGCAACACUUUCUGAAAAUUAAAAAAAAGUUAAAAAAUGUCGGAAUGUGGUUGUGCUUCGUGUAAUUCAUAAUAGUUUCGUCACUUUAUUACUGAACAUUGCUUAUUUUUCUAGCAAGAAACUAGUUCAUUUAGUAUCUAUUACCAGUUUUGGUUGUUUGUGUUGGUGAGGGUGACAGACAAGUGGAUGAAAUGUGGUAGAAGUGGAUUGAAGCACCAAAAGCCUUGCCGGGACCCCCCUAAGUCGACUUUGAUCAUAUAUUAAGUUCGGGGCAUCUAACACGGAGAUUACAUUAUUAUCGUUGCACAAAUUUUGCACGUGUCGUCGCUAAAUUUCGUUACAUACUAAUCGUUGUGUGUCAGGAGCAGUGUUUUUCAUUGAAUUGGGUCACUGGUGAAUCAAAAAAUUGUAAAUUAUCGGAUAACGCCAGCCCACAAGAUGGCCGACUGUUAUUCGUAAGGUACAAAUAAAUCUUUUUCCAUUUCAUUUUGCCUAGUUAUUUUGAGUUAAAUCGUCGAGCUAGUGUCAGUAGAGCGUAGUAUUUUUUAUUUAUUAUUAUCUUAAUGUUUGGUGUAUGAAGUGCUAGUAGUAGGAAUGUCUUUGUUCUAGUCAUUAUGUUCAUGCUGGAAAUAAAAAAAAACAUGCUCUUCUUUUGUGAUUUUGUAACUAAAAGUACCUUGCAAUGUGUUUGUAGUUGCAUUUAUGUGUGUCAUCAGUAAUUAUUCUACAAAGGUCAAUUAAGUUCAUUGCUCAUUGUCAAGUCAUUGCACUUUCAGAUUUAUUUGCUUAUAACAUUGUGUCAUCAAACCCGUUUAUUUUUGGGAUCAUUCCUACAAGGAUGUUCAGAUUAUUUUUUCCCAUCAUCAGCAUGUGUUCAUUAGCAUUUGUUUAACACCUUCACAACCAUUGUAUUCAUGAUGCAAGCUUUUUACUAGCUGCUUUUUGGUUUAGCGGAAUGAGUCAUUUGGUGCUUUUAGAUAAUGAGCGGUGCGUCUGGUUCAUCAGGGAGUGGUACGGGACGCGGCAGAGGUUCAGGCUCUAACGGGGCCAUCGCUGAGAAUAAGCCAGAAACAAAAGAAAACAAACCCAAUUCCAAGAUGUCGAAGGCUCUUGGUACGUCAGCAAAGAGGAUCCAGAAAGAACUUGCAGAGAUUACACUAGACCCCCCACCAAACUGCAGUGCGGGGCCAAAAGGAGACAACUUGUAUGAGUGGGUGUCCACCAUCCUAGGCCCACCUGGUUCAGUCUAUGAAGGCGGAGUCUUCUUCCUUGACAUACAUUUCUCUCCAGAGUACCCAUUCAAACCUCCCAAGGUGACAUUCCGGACUAGGAUAUAUCAUUGUAACAUCAAUAGCCAGGGGGUCAUAUGCCUAGACAUCCUGAAAGACAACUGGUCGCCGGCGCUGACAAUAUCUAAAGUUUUACUAUCAAUAUGCUCAUUGCUUACCGACUGCAAUCCAGCCGAUCCCUUAGUGGGUAGCAUCGCAACACAAUAUCUCCAGAACAGAGAGGAACACGAUCGCAUCGCGCGCCUCUGGACUAAGCGCUACGCAACAUGAUUGCCCUGCCCCCGCACCGCCGCUAAGGAACAACCUGCAGUAUCAUACUCAAUACCAUUCUGUUCUAAAUCCAUCCUGUUCACGUAACUGUAAGCUUAUAAUGUUAAAUCCGAUCACUCCGCGCUCCCGGCGACACAUUCAUUACCUGCAUCCUUACUCGCACUUAGCGAAUGUGUCCCAUAGCGCGGGGUGUUUAUACAGCUUAUUAAUUUUUAGUUGCAAUUAAUGUGAUGUCAGUAUGCUUAAUGACGGUCUGAAUUAUAUUUUAGAAUGAUGAACGAUUUAGUUGUGAAUUGAAUGAUUUUCUGUUAAUGUUUCUAGCUCUGUAUUAUACAUAAUACAGUGAUAAGUUUACUAAUGAAAGUGUAUCGUAGGUUUAACCAGUGAUUUGAGUCAAUUUUACCGCUAUAAUGCGAUGAUCUCAUACACUCUUCACCUGUUACUACUUAUGUGUAAGUAUGUCUGAACUAUUGCGAUACCUACUAUUAAUAUUUGGGAAUAAAUCGCAUUAUUGUAUUGUAAAAUGUUUUUGAUUUCAGGCUAAUACUUGCAUGUCUUAUUGGAUUUAGAGUAAUAUCUUUAAAGACAAUAUUUUAUUUGCUGUCAGUCCCCACUUUGGUUUUAAAUUGUAUUCAUUGUAUUAUAGUUCCUUUGUUGAGUCACUAAAUGAUUUAUGUGAAUAUAAUAUUUUAUACUAAUUCAACACAAACGCCACUGCGCUGCUGCGCUGUACAAUGCACGUCAUCCUCUACAUUUGCCACAAAUGUCUUCAAAAAUGAAUCACUAUGGUUGUAAUUCCUCUUGUCCUCCUGUAUAUUACAUUUUGCAGUUUGUAAUAAUAUAGUACUUAUAUUUUUGGAGAUAAAAUGUGACAGAACUGGCAGCAUUGACAAGUACAAACAGAUGGUUUCAAACAUUACAUGAAGAACCACCAAUCCUCUACCAAGUUCAAUGCUUUGUAAUUAUAAUUAAGACGAUGUUUCAAUAACAAGCAAUAAUGUUGCUUAUAUUCUAGUGAGAUGUCACAUGUUGGCUGAGGAAACAAUGCAAAAUUAUAGUUUUGUGAGUGUAUAAAGUAAAUAGGAUGUUUGCUUCGGAGGGUCAAGUCAGUCGGUACCUUGAAGUACUAUGUACGUAUUAUAAUUUUAAUCGAAUCUAAUUUUGGUUUAUUGUCAUUAUUUUUAUUAGCGAAUGCGUUGUGAAUGUCGCUAAAAGCUUCAUUUGACUGAAAACUGAGAAACGUUGCAUUAGAUAGGUUUUCAACAUGGUCCAUUUUGUUAAGGAUUAGAUAGUCAAAUUAUUUGGAAUUUUAAGACUUCGUAACAAAACGGGGACGUAUAGUUUGUUUGUUUUAUUUGUGCAAUUUAAAGGGAUUUUUUUAUAUACAUAAUUAAAUCUUGGUUUUAUUUUACAUUGUAUGACUAUAAACAAUUAACGUUGAUUGUGUAGAGUAGGCCUGGGAUAUAAUAACCUAUUUAUUUUUAUCAUAUUGACUUAUGAAAUAUAUUAUAUUGCGUAUGUCUCUUCGUUAUAACCGGUUGAUGUAAAGUGAUUCGACAAUAUAUUGUGCGUCGUCACGGUAGCAGCGGACUUCGGAUUUGAUAGUAUGUUUUACUCGUUAUCACAUAUCAAUUUAACAUCUGGAUAAUGAAAUGAAAUUUAGAUUUAUUUGUUGUGAUGAUUUUGACUACUUUUACCAUUAUCUAAGUGCCAAAACUCAGGCACAUUGGCCUCCGCUCCAGUCUGACAUCUCCAACUUUUCUAAAAUAUUCCGUUUAGUAUGUAAACAGUAUUAGGUGUAAGUUAUUUUAUUGUCUAGAUAAUGUAUAAUGUAUGUCUUAACCUUAGAACUAAUUAGAAGUUUAGCGUUGUAAUGAUUUUAACUAAAAGUGUAUGUAUGUCGCGCGUAUAUGAAUGUUUGGUGAUACCGUCGUGAAAAUGAAGAUUUUAUAAAUUGGGUGAUACCGCGAGUGUCGGAACUGGUGCUGUGAGAUUCAGAUGCUUGCGACAUACAGAUGAAUACUGAUCGAUGUAUUCGGGACUGGUAUAUUUUGUCAAUGUGAUUUUUAAAUUAUUUUAUACUGUGACUGGAAAUGUGUUGCUUGCAAAACAACAGCUGUAUUUAACGCGACUGAUGUUCCUCGAAAUUCAACGUUCAUGCUCUGAAACCUAAUAACCAUCCUCUGUUAUUACAAUUUAUAUCAUGGUAUAAAAUAGGAAAAUAAAAAUGUGUGUAACUAGGACACUCAA